CUUGGCGUAAAAUGGCAGGGGUGGAUUUUGUACCUUGCUUUAUUCAAAAUCUUUUAUUCAUUACUCUUAUCCUGUAUCGCCGCUGAAAUACUGUUACAUAAAUUACAUUAAAUAGAGAUUUCUUUUUUCGUACAUAAUAAUAAAUGUACCUUAAAGCUGAAAACCCCGGAUGCUUUGUGAAUGGUAUGGACCACACUAUGCGGACAUGUUCAGAAAUUUGGCGCUGAACUCCUAUACCUGAAGAUGGUGGAGAAAACAUUUACCUUCCAAAUCACUGGGAUCAAAAACCCACAAAUAAAAGGAAAACUACUCAGAGGAAUUCAUAAGUUGGGCGGAAGCUACAUUGGUGGCUCUAUCUAUAAAGGUCGAGCUACUCAUCUGAUUGCCCAUUGUACACUGGCCAGUGAAAAAUUCCUGGCUGCUUGUGCAGGUGGGAAGUGGAUUGUCACUCCGCAGUAUGUGAUAGACAGUGUGAGGAAUGGGAAGUGGCUGCCCGAAGUGGCCUACGAGCUGGAUUUCAUUAGUCAGGCUCCUGAGGCCACCAGACCCAUCCGGAUGUGGAGAACAAGGGUGGCCAGCGGAACUGUUUCCGGUGCCUUCCAGGGCUGGAGAGCUGUCUUGCUCAUGGAUGACCGCAAGAGGAGAGAGAUCUUCGAACGGAUCUUGAUGGCAGGAGGUGCCAGGAUUUCCUCAUGCGCAUCUGAUCAGUCUGUGACGCAUGUGUUUACGGGUAACAUUAACACAGAUUCUAAGAUUGGUGCCCCAUGCUACUCGUUGGAUUACAUUGCUCAACAUUUACUUGGGAGCUCAUGGCCUGUGAUUUCAGAAGUGCUAUCCAGCUCUCCCGUGGAUAAUACACAGCUUUUCUCCGAAUUAGAAAUUCAGCUGAAAGAUUACGUUUCAAAACUUGUGCUCCCCGAAAGGCUUGUUUCCAUCGAUUAUGUGAGCCACGCAACUACAGGGCAUCCGUCUCAGAGUUCCGUGGUGGAUUUCAGCAAUGUGCACAGCCUUAUCGAAUGUGGUCUCCUCACCGAGGCUUUAGAGGAAAUUCAGGGAAUGCUGCACCCUGGAGUCCUUCCAUCACCACAAUACAUGUGCUCCCUGAUGCAUCACGCUCUGCAGGGUGAAGUUAAGCCAUACUUUUUCAGCACCUUUAUCAAUAUUUUGCACAACAUCCUACGCAACAAUCCCACUUGGGGGUCGCCCACUGUGGUGAAGUAUUUUCUGCACAUCCUGCAGUGCCCUCAGUGCAAGGGAGGAACCUGGGCCCUCCUGGAGACAUCAGUGAGGUGGUGCGUGUCCAGCGGGGAGUGCUGUCACUUGCUUCCUGGCUCACCUUCCCCAGAGCUGAUCAGGUUCCUCUGUGACUUGCAGGCUUUUCUGCUCACAAUCUUCCGACAUGAGCUCUUUGCCUCCAGCAAAGGGCAAUCUGGAGGGUCACGGUCUUCUGUUCUAGUUCGUACAUUUUGGAACAUUUGGCAGAGAUCCACUCUUGGUAGCAGGACAGUCCAGCAGUUGGCAGGGUUACUGAUCCAUACUACCAGCUGCGCUCUGUCAUCUGCUGAGGACUGGAAGCAGCGCCUUCUGUGUACUUUGCAUGACACCUUGGCUGUGGUGGUUGAGUACUGGUGUCAGGAACACAGUAAACUAAAUAAAAGCCUGCUGGACAAGGGCAUGGAAGAUCUGGCUGAGCACAUUUCCAUAUUAUGCCAAGAUCAUCCUCCUGAAUUUUUACUGGAGUUUGUUCCCAACAUGCCGUCACUGAGACUGAAGAUGGUCACUGCUGAUUCCAUAUACAGGUGUAUGUGCUGCAGAAAUGGUGUUUCCGUGGGAACAGAACCUCUAACCCUACGAAAAAUUGUCUCCAGCUAUCUGCCUGCCCUGGGGAGACUCUGUGAACGUAAGCCGGCCGGGGCUGGGGGCCCGCGUGUGGCGGGGACGCCUGCCAGGCCAGGAGGCGAGCUCCACACUGCCAGCUGUGCCGGCGUGGCACCGGCCACCCUGCCAGGGGCUUCGGGUCUGGACAAGAAGACAGUGCCCAAAGGACUUCACAGAGUCAACGCUGCAGGCGAGUUACCCAUCCACCGAAUUUGCAAGAGGAACCAAGUGGAGAUGCUGCUGAAUGUCCUUUCAGUUCCGGGGACAGAUGUCAACGUCAAAGAUUACGCCGGCUGGACCCCCCUGCAUGAAGCGUGUAACCAUGGCAGCAGUGCAUGCGUGCAGGCCCUCUUACAGCAUUGCCCCAACCUCCACCUGGAUGUCCAAGUAGGCGGAGUCAGCCCCCUGCAUGACGCCCUCCUCAAUGGCCAUGUUGAUAUCGCCAAGAUGCUGCUACAGUAUGCAGGUUCCCCUCUCCUGGAGCUGCGGGAUGGCCAGGGCAGGACUCCGCUGGACGUGGUCUCCCCAGCCCUACAGAAGGAGCUCGGGAGGUGGGCCCAGGAAGGGGACUCCGCGCGGGACGCCCAGGAUGUGCGGACCAUAGACCCCCCGCUGCUGGAGGCCUGCUCCUGCCUGCUGAGGUGCCUGCUGCUGAGUUACGUGCUGGUGCGGAACGUCCCGUCCUAUGAGGCGUCGGCUAGCCCUCGAGAUGCCGUUCCACGCUUAUCCCGGGCUCUGGCUGCCCACUCUGCCCGACGGGUGACCGCUGCCUGGGGAGACCCCCUCUUGGUGCGCCUGGCUGAGGACCUGGAGACACUGCUGGGCCUGAGACGGCACCUACCCAUAAUGCCUGGCGUGGUGACGCAGUUCCAGGGGACCCAAACACGUCUUCUCCUGCUCCAGAGAUCACCCCAGCACCCGAGGGCACGCCUGAGACAAUCUGUGAGAGAAGAACAAGGAGGACAGUGAGCAACUGACAAACCAACAAAAUGGACAUGAUGAGAGACAGUGGAUUUACACAUGGGGGAGCCAAACAGUGUUGUCUAUGUCUUGACAGUGUAAGUACAUUGACAGUGAGGGACAGUGAGCUUUCACAACCUAGACAAUUUCCAAUUACUCUCAACAGAAGGCAAAGUAGAAAUCUUUCCUGGCAAUGAAACAUAGAGAUGUAUCAUUAACUGUUAAUAUAUCCCAAAGUGACUUGAUGAAAAACAGCUACAACUGUUUUACAAAUUCAUUAAAAUCUCGUUUCCAGAAGCUUGCUACAGGAUUUCAAAGAAGUACUUAGAAAACAGGAAUUUCAGAUUGAGAGCACAAAAGGAGAUGAAAUGUUGGAAUGGAAUGUUUUCUCUAAAAGCACUUUUGUCAUCAGUGUUGUAGUUUCUUAAUUACAAUUACCAUUUCCUUUUUAAUUGUCCUUCCUUUUAAUUGACUUACAAUUUAAUAGGCCUCUGUGCUAAAAUUUUGUGCAUAGAAAAAUGAUUAAAAACCAAAUCAAAUGGAUAAAACUGAUGACUGGAGGGAUAAAUAAAAAUAAAGCUAAAAUAGAAUCUUUUUAACCCUAUUCUCAAGCCCACGAUCAAUUUUGGUAGUUAAAAAGAAAAGUUGAAUAGAUUCUUAUACAGUUUAGUAAUUUCUAACUUUGUAAGCUUUUAAAUAGAAUCACUUUUUUGUAUUAUUUUAUGAAAACAAGAAUCCAGCGGGUUUGUCUCAUCAGCAGGGUGCAAAAUGUGACUAAAGUGAACGCCUCACCACUGCAGCUCUGCGCGAACGAGCCGCAAUUCCUCAUCCCAGCUGAAUGCAUGGCUUGAAAAAUGAAACCCAGAAUGGACAAUGUCACAACAUGCUAUCCUGGACGCUGCCAGACAGACUCCCCGGGUUAUUUUCCCUUCCAAAUAUUUUACACGAGUUCCUUCUCAUAGAUCCAUCUGUUUUAUAUCAUUGAUUAAAAUGCAGCUUCUUUAUGCAUGUUUGUAUGUUUUGUAUUUAUUUUUAUUUUUUUGAAUGUGCCCAGUGGAGGAGUUCUAUGACUGGGCGAGACGCACAGUGAGGGCGGAGGGGUGGGUCGGGUCAUGGACCAUUGGGGUGUUAACCAUUCCCACAUGCCCCUCGAACCGUGGGCUGACUUAUGUUUCCUGUGUUCAAUAGUAAGUCUCAAAGGGAGGGGGCUGAAACAAUAUGGUCCAAAGAGAUGCUUAUUUUCACUCCAUCUUAGUCCCAUGUAUGUCAGGGAAAUGUGCUCCCCACCAAAGCAGGACGGGGUGGAAGCUUGGACAAUGGAACUUUAAAGAUAACCAACCUUAUAUUGUCCUUUAAGUGUCAGCAUGCUGUGCACUUAAGUAAACACACAGCUACAGCUGAGCUCUGCAUGAACCGUUGUCCGAUGACAGUAAUAAAUCAAUAUUACAUUACAUUGAAUACAUCAUAUGCGGUGGUUUCCAUAUAGUGAUUCAUCUGGACAGCACAUAUAUAAAAACCAAGCAAAAACAGUGAAUAAAGAAAAAAUAUAAAUCCAAGAUAAUGUAUCCUGAAGUCAUAAGGGCUUCGCUCUUCUAUGACUGUCAUAAUGUGGUAAUGCACCAUGGCUUCUGUGAUCUUACUUACAGCCUUAAGCACCUUUUUGCUUUUAUUAAAUAGAGAUGCUUAAAAUAACAGUAGCGAGAUUUAGGAACUAUUUUAAUUAGCAAAUUCACGUAUCACCACUUCACAAAAUUGAAAGAGUCGCUGAUCCCGACAAACAAAAAAUUGCUGCCAAAAAACUGCAUCAAGCGACAAUAACUUAAUGGGAGAGAUUUAGUGAUUCCUGGCUCUACAAAUUAGGGUGCUUCUUAAAACUGAGAACCACAUAACAGCUAUGAUACGUCCUGGAUGAACCUAACAAACCAAGAAUUUAGCGUGAAUAUAAUGUGACGUUACUGUGACGCUCGUAAGACUGUGCGGAAACAGCCACACAAUGAACGCGGUAGAAGGACCGAAUCUGUCACAGAUGCCCGCUGUGCUCCUAUUAUGCUGCCCUUAUUAACGCUAAUUCCGAAGACGACGGCGAGACAGACCACUGCGGUCCUAUUAUGCCGCCCUUAUUAACGUUAAUGCCGGAGAUGACGGCGAGACAGACCACUGCGGCCAGCUCCCAACAUCAGGCUGUUUGUGCUUCAGCAGCCCAUCAGGAUGCCUGCAUCCACAGUGGCAGUGGUACCCACUGGCAGGUGCGGCGCCCUCCAUUGUGAGGGGUAUGGGGGGGGGAGGGGCGCGCUGUGUUUGGGGACUGUUGUUGUACAAGAGUGGGCAGGUAAGAGGAAAGAGACUCCAGGGGGUGCCUCUCUUCAAUUAUACCAAACCUGGACCAAAAGCAAGGAGGACGACCCCCAGCCGGAGAUAAUCCACCCCCACUUCAUGUACUACUUCUUGUGACAGAAAACCUCUUUGAUCUUGCUAACACCAAAGGUGAGUAGGGAAAAAAAACCAGGGAAUGACAUGAAAUUAAAUCAUUUCACGCACAACAACAGAAGCUUGUGCUCUUGGAUAUGGCUUUUGGUUAUUUAUUUAUCUGGGACGUCGGCUUUUAUUUUAACUAUACACCAAUGCAACCAUGACAGCAAAGAAUGGAUGCAGUGAUGCAGCAAUGUAUUGUUAAUGGCAGCCUCCAGUUUAAUCAUUCAUGACGACACCGCAAUGUCACAGAGGUAAAGCACUGCUGCACUCCCUCUGGCAAACUUAAAAAGAAAACAACUUUUUAAAAAUGUAUCCAUGUAUUAAUUUUCCAAAAGCAUGUCAUUAGAGCUUUAUUCAUAAUAAAUGGGGCACAGAGAAAGGUUGUCAAUGAGCCUGUUCACGUCUCUCUGUUCGUGCACUUGAGAGGUUAAUUAAAACUCUGGUUUAAUUACGCCUGGGGCGUGCGUCACAUAAAAAGAGGGG